AGGAGAAAGGCGGGGUAAAAGGCGCAGCGAGGCGCGCGUCCGCGGACCCUGCUUGCUUGCUUGCCUGCCUGUCUGCCUCCGGAUCGGUGCAAACGGCCGAGGACGCGUGGCUGGGGGAAGAGGGGGGGGGGCUCGGAGGCGCUGCGGAGGCCGAACUCCGGUGCGCGGCGCCCCGCGGGUGCCAGCAACCGGCCCCUGAGCCCCGAUGGAGACGGCGCCCUUCCCGCACCCGUUGGCUCCAGAGCCCGAACCAGGUCCCGGUUUUGGUCCGGUCCGGCCAGGCGGCGAGAAACGUUUCCGACUCUUUUACGUGGGUUGCACCAGUUUGGACCGCCGUGCCACGCUGCCCAUGUUGCCUUGGCUGAUGGCCGAAGUCCGGCGCCGGAGCCAGAAGCCAGAACCGGGCGCGGCACCGGCUCGGGAGGUGCUGCUGCUGCUGGGCUCGGCGCCCACCCUGCGCUGCGUGCCCUCUUCGCCCGGCGGCGCCCCCGGCUCGGCCGUCUUUAUCUUCGAGCACAAAGCCCAGCACAUCUCCCGCUUCGUCCACAACAGCCAGGACCUCACCUACUUCGCCUACCUGAUCAAGGCGCAGCCCGACGACCCCGACUCGCCCGUCGCCUGCCACGUCUUCCGGGCUACCGACCCCAACCAGGUUCCAGAUGUCAUCAGUAGCAUAAGACAGGCUUCCAAAGCGGCCCUCAAAGAAGACGUCAAGCCCAAUAAAGAAAAUGAAGAUGCCUUCUACAACUCCCAAAAAUUUGAGGUGCUGUAUUGUGGGAAGGUGACGGUGGCCCACAAAAAGGCCCCUUCCUCCCUCAUUGAUGACUGCAUCGAAAAGUUCCACCUCCAUGAACGUCAGCGCCUAAAACUGCUCAGCGAGCACUGCAGUGCUGAGUCCAGCACGGACCUCAUGACAUGGGAAGAUGGCCCCUCUUCCCCCUUGGACAGUCCAUUUCAGGAGAUGGAAGGUUCCAGCGGAGGCACCCCGGGGAUGUUCAUCGUGGGGAGCCAGACCAACCUGGCCAGUUGCCGGACCUCUUUCCCAGAGCGGAUCCUGGAGGACUCGGGAAUGGAGGAGCAGCUGGAAUUUCGUUCUCGCUGCAGCAGCGCUGCCAGCCUGCAAAGGAGAGUUCAGGAGAAUAACGCCAAGCCUUCAUCCCGAAGGCGCCAUGCCAGCGCCCCGAGCCACGUCCAGCCCUCCGACUCUGAAAAAAACAGGACAAUGUUGUUUCAGGUUGGUCGAUUUGAAAUUAACCUCAUCAGUCCAGACACCAAAUCAGUUGUGUUGGAGAAGAACUUCAAAGACAUCUCCUCCUGUUCUCAGGGCAUAAAGCACAUCGAUCAUUUUGGUUUUAUAUGUCGGGAAUCUAGUGAACCUGGAAUAAGCCAGUAUGCUUGCUAUGUCUUCCAGUGUGCUAGCGAAUCUCUGGUGGAUGAGAUCAUGCUGACCCUGAAGCAAGCCUUUAGCACGGCAGCUGCCCUGCAGAAUGCCAAAACCCAGGUCAAACUGUGCGAGGCCUGCCCGAUGCACUCCCUCCACAAGCUGUGCGAAAGGAUUGAAGGACUUUAUCCACCAAGAGCCAAGCUUGUAAUUCAGAGGCACCUGUCCUCUCUCAGCGACAAUGAGCAGGCGGACAUCUUUGAGCGCGUUCAGAAAAUGAAGCCGGUUAGUGACCAGGAAGAAAACGAGCUCCUGAUUUUCCACCUGCGCCAGUUGUGCGAGGCAAAGCAAAAGACCCACAUUCACAUUGACGAGACCCCAAUGAACGCGUCUAAUAAUACAAUCCCAGAAAACACCACCAGCAGUGGAAGAUUCACCCUGGAUAUCCUGAAGAACAAAGCCAAGAAAUCCUUAACCAGCUCUCUCGAAAACAUCUUCUCCAGGGGAGCCAGUCGCAUGCGUGGUCGCCUGGGGAGCACGGAGAGCUUUGAAAGGUACAACCACCUCACUCCUGACAAAGACUUCUCCUCGGGGGACUCCCCACCCUCCACACCUCCGGCGUCUCCCGUUGCCUUGGCCGGACACCCGUUUCCUGAAGAAGACUCCGACUCUCCACAGUUCAGGAGACGCGCCCAUACUUUUAGCCACCCGCCCUCUGCCUCCAGGAAGAGGAUCACUUUCCAGAAUGGACGGUCUCAAAGCGUCCGGUCGCCCCUCCUGAGGCAAAAUUCGGCCGAACAGAGCAGGCUGGCAGUUGCCCGACGUACCCGCAGCGAGAGUGAGUCUUCGGUGCCGCCCAGUCUCCCAUCUUCUUUCUCUGCCCCUUCUUUCCUGAAAAGCUUGUACCAGAGCUCUGGGAAACCGGCUUCUCCGCCUGAAGGUGAUCCCCCCAGGAGCGAUGUGGAGAAAAGGAAGAGGACUUCCUCGGUGUGCAGCAGCGACUCUCUAAAUGCUGGUGGUCUCACCCUGGCCCCCCGUCGGAUCUCCUGGCGGCAGAGGAUCUUCCUAAGGGUGGCAUCACCCAUGAAGAAGUCUCCUUCGGCCAUGCAGCUUCAAGAUGGCUGUGAUGAAAAAGAACUGCUGCCAUUAUCGCCGCUUCCACCAUCUUUUGACGAAAUGCCCCUGGUUUCCAUCUUGCAAAACGAGGAUGUCCAAGACCAGACCGGAGAGAAGAAGAACUCGGAGGAGCUGCAGAGCCUGUGGAGAAAAGCAAUCCACCAGCAGAUCCUUCUCCUUCGGAUGGAGAAGGAAAACCAAAAACUGGAAGCGAGCAGAGAUGAGCUCCAAUCCAGGAAAAUUAAGCUGGACUAUGAGGAAGUUGGAACCUGUCAGAAGGAUGUCAUUAACAUCUGGGACAAGAAACUGCUGAAUUGCAGAGCCAAGAUCAGAUGUGAUGUGGAAGACAUUCAUACCACCCUGAAAGAUGGUGUCCCCAAAAGCCGCCGGGGAGAAAUUUGGCAGUUUCUGGCUGUGCAGCACCGUGUCAGACACCGGCUCCCAAAUAAGCAACAGCCUCCCGACAUCUCCUACAAAGAUCUCUUGAAGCAGCUGACAACGCAACAACAUGCCAUCCUGGUGGACCUGGGAAGGACUUUCCCCACCCAUCCCUACUUUUCGGCUCAACUGGGCGCAGGACAGCUCUCGCUCUUCAACCUGCUGAAAGCCUACUCCUUGCUGGACAAGGAAGUGGGCUAUUGUCAAGGCAUCAGUUUCGUGGCCGGCGUGCUGCUCCUCCACAUGAGUGAAGAGCAAGCCUUCGAAAUGCUGAAAUUCCUCAUGUAUGACCUCGGAUUCCGGAAACAGUACAGGCCCGACAUGAUGUCACUGCAGAUCCAGAUGUACCAGCUGUCAAGGCUGCUUCAUGAUUAUCAUCGGGAUCUUUACCACCAUCUUGAAGAAAACGAAAUCGGCCCAAGUCUGUAUGCUGCACCCUGGUUUCUCACUUUAUUUGCCUCGCAAUUUCCCCUGGGAUUUGUAGCCAGAAUCUUUGAUAUUAUUUUUCUUCAAGGUACAGAAGUCAUAUUUAAGGUAGCACUAUGCCUGCUUAGCACCCAGGAGGAAUGCAUCAUGUCGUGUGAGACAUUUGAAGGCAUUGUUGAAUUUCUGAAGAACACUCUCCCCGACAUGACACAGCCCCAGAUGGAGAAGAUAAUGGCCCAGGUAUUUGAGAUGGACAUUUCCAAACAGCUUCAUGCCUACGAGGUGGAGUACCAUGUUCUGCAAGACGAAUUGCAAGAGAACCUGAGCCCUUGUGAGGAGAUUGAAGCUUCAGAGAAACUUGAAAGGGCCAACAGUCAGCUGAAGAGACAAAAUAUGGAUCUCUUGGAGAAACUUCAGGUGGCCCAUGCUAAGAUCCAAGGCAUGGAGUCCAACCUGGAAGAGGCCUUGAGAAGGGAGGGCCAGAUGAUGACUUUAAUCCAGUCCCUGGAAGAGGAGAAGGCUCUAUAUCAGAAGGCCCUGGAGAAGAUCUGCAGCUACCUGUCCCAAGAGGCCCUGUCUGACUGUGAAGAGCUGCUGAAAGAAGUCAACUGUCAUCCAGACCAAUUCUAGAAGAAAGCCAUAAAUGAGAGAAGGGGGCAGGAGGGAGAAGAGAAAGAGAGAGAGAGGGAAAAAGAGAGAGAGAGAGAGAACAUGGUUUCUUCUCAUAGAUGGAAGGAAAGAAAAGGCCAGAUCACUGCUGGGAAGGAGACCCACCUCAUUUCACAGGAUUCUACUGUACAAGGAGAAGCCGCAGUAGAGAAGAGGCCUUUUUUCAACCUCAAUAUGCAAAUCCCAGGUUCAUGUUGUCGUCGUCGUCUUCUUUUUUUUUAUAACGCGUGUAAAUAAUUUGCAGUGCACAGUACAAAAGAUGGGAUCGAAUGAAGAAGAUCAGGUGUAUAUUUAGGACUGAUCUAAACACGGGAAAACGGUGGAAUUUUGAGACUGCUUGUGACUUAAACGUUGAAGACUCUACCCUUCCCUCCGUAAAGGAAGGUAUGGGGUCUUUUCUAUACGCUGAUCAACACUUGAAAAUAAAUAAAUAAAUAAAAAGCAAGAAUGUAUUUCCACCUCCAAAAAGCAGCACAGAUUCCCAGCUGAGGGGUGGGUGGGUGGGUGCUGUGCAUGUCUGCUAUAUGUUGGGGGUCCGUUUCUAAAGUUCCUCAGGGAAGAUUGCUGGUCCUUCCUUUGCGCAGGAACAGUUGUGUUCCUGCGGACACACAACUGACCUCUCCUCCUCUCCCCGUCAGGGAGAGCUGGUGAUGAAAAGUUGAUGAAAAGUCACCCAUUCCCUAUCCAGAAAAGCAAGGAAGACAUAUCAGGGACCCCUUCACUCCCCCUUCCUUGUGAGACAGAGAACAAAAUGGCUGGUUGAGGUGUGGCUGGGGUGGGAGCGUGUCAGAAUGCAGGUAGGACUUUCCAAGCAAACACUCCUCCUGGGGAAAGUCACCUGAAACUCUUGGGAUCGACUCCUUUCCUCUGACCUGCAGGAAUCCGUUUGGUUGAAAGGAUCCUCCCGGUUGAGUGCUGUCCUUAUCUUAGCACCUUGUAGCUUCUUCGUGCUCUGGAGGUUUAGUUGCACCAAGGUCACCGUUAUAGGAGGACAACCCGUGUCACUUCAGCAAUGGCUCAGAGACGCUAUGAGGCACUACAAGUCCUGAGAGGAAUGACCAUCGCUUAAACACGAUAGAUGGAAUGUCCUUCAGCCGGAUGCCGAAUCCUGCAGCCCGAUUCCACUUGGCCAAGGAAACCCUGUAAGAUCUUCCUGCUUCCUCAUUUAUCCAGCUCUUUUUCUCCAAAUGUUAGUAUUUCUUCCACGGGGAAGAUCCCCAUAAACCUUCAACCGAAGAACAACUAGGUUGUCACAGAAUUAACGCUAAGGGGAGUGGUUAUCCCCAUGUGGCAGUUUGUACAUUUCAUCAUAACAUGUCUGUUCCCUCCUUCUUUUUUAAGAAGCAUUAAGAAGCAGAGAUUUGGCUUCUUGAAAAUCUAGCAAUUUCUGGAUGGUGUUGAUUGUAUUGUUAUUAUUAUUAUCACCAUCAACAUCAUCAUUUGCUGCUCUGCCUAUCCUGUUUCCCCCAAAAUAAGACAUCCCCUGAUAAUAAGCCCAAUCGGCCUUUUGAGUGGAUGGCAAUAAGGCCAAGCGCUUAUUUCAGGGUUCAAAAAAAUAUAAGACGGGGUCUUAUUUUCGGGGAAACAUGGUAUUUCUUAAGGACGUUUUCUGGUUUUGGAAGCUAUUUCUGCCAUGCAGACCAGACACUCAAGUCAACAUUUGAUCUAUCAAAAUGAUGAAAAUAUCAAUCAGCCAACACAAGAAAUAUGUUUUGGAACAUGUUGUCCCAUUCCCCCCCCCCCACUCCGCAUUGGGAACGACUUGUCGUAUUUCUCCAGCUGCUUUCUCUAAAAUUGUGCCAAAUUCAGCCAAGUGUCUUCCUUGUCCAAGACACAGGUGUGGGUGAAAGUGCUUCCAUUGCAACAUGUCUUGUGUUAUGCAAACAACAAGAAAACCAAGGAGAAACCACACAGUUGGCAUUUUCCUCCAUCCGCUGCUAAUCCAACCUGCCUCCCCCCCUCCUUUUUUUAAAAUUUCUUGAUCAUAUAAUUUCUUAAGUUUUCCUGGGCAUCGUCCCAAAGGAAAAGCCAAAAUGCAUGACGAGACACUGCCCUAAUUUCAGCUUUUUGCACGGGAGAUUUCCCAAAGAUUGCGUGUCUGGCGUUUUUUUUUUUUUUUCUCGCUGCUUUUUAUCAAAUCAACAGAAUCACACCAAACCUGGCAGAGUUGCAGAAACAUCACACUUUCGGAAGGAAAAUUGUGCUGUUUCUUUGCAAUUUCAUUUGGGGCCACCUCGUGCACGGAAAAGCGGCCCCAGAGAAUUGGAUGCCGCUGGUCUGAGUUAUUAAGGCACGCAAGACUUUUUUUUUUUAAAUCACAAUGUUUCACGCUAUGUUGGUUUCACUGACUUGUUCAUAUUGUCACGUGGAAAAUUUCCAAUAAAUGCCAUUGCUGCG